CCUUCCCCUGUCUCUAUAUAUAUGAGCGUAAUUUGGUAGCAGUCCUUACCCUCAAAAUUGCAGACUAUUCAUUCUUAAACGCUGAAGCAAACAAUCAAGAAUCGAAUGGGCAGCCUUGAAAUGGAGAGAAAAACAGUAGGAUGGGCUGCAAGAGACCCUUCUGGGAUUCUCUCACCCUAUACAUACACUCUCAGAAACACGGGCCCUGAAGAUGUUUAUGUGAAGGUGAUGUGCUGUGGGAUUUGCCAUACUGAUAUUCAUCAGGUUAAGAAUGAUCUUGGCAUGUCCAGUUACCCUAUGGUUCCAGGGCAUGAAGUGGUCGGUGAGGUGAUAGAGGUGGGAUCAGGUGUGACCAAGUUCAGAGCUGGUGAUGUGGUUGGAGUUGGCUGCAUUGUCGGAUGCUGUGGGAACUGCCGCCCUUGCAAUGCAGAUAUUGAGCAAUACUGCAACAAGAAGAUUUGGUCCUAUAAUGAUGUUUAUACUGAUGGCAAGCCCACCCAAGGGGGAUUUGCUGGUGCUAUGGUUGUUCAUCAGAAGUUUGUGGUGAAAAUUCCAGAUGGUAUGGCACCAGAACAGGCAGCACCUCUACUAUGCGCCGGUGUGACCGUGUACAGUCCCCUGAACCAUUUUGGACUAAAAGGCAGUGGGUUAAGAGGCGGUAUUUUGGGUCUCGGAGGGGUCGGCCACAUGGGUGUGAAGAUUGCAAAGGCAAUGGGCCACCACAUUACUGUCAUCAGCUCGUCUGACAGGAAGAGGGAAGAAGCAUUGGAACACCUAGGCGCCGAUGACUACCUGGUCAGCUCAAACGCCGAUAGAAUGCAAGAGCUUACCGACUCACUAGACUACAUCAUUGACACAAUACCGGUAUUCCACCCGUUGGAACCUUACUUGUCCUUGUUGAAAGUUGAUGGCAAGUUAAUCUUGAUGGGGGUUAUAAACACUCCAUUGCAAUUUAUAACACCCAUGGUCAUGCUCGGGAGGAAAAGCAUAACGGGAAGCUUCAUUGGUAGCAUGAAAGAGACGGAGGAAAUGCUAGAAUUUUGCAAGGAAAAGGGCCUCACAUCCACCAUCGAGAUAGUGAAAAUGGACUACAUCAACACCGCCUUUGCGAGGCUGGAGAAGAACGACGUUAGAUACAGAUUCGUCGUGGAUGUUGCAGGCAGCAAUCUUGAUCAGUGAAAUGCCAAACACACAAUCCAGAAAACUUAAUUAUAUAAUACAAUGAAGUGAUGUUCACUGUUGUUGAAAGGAAUGCAAUAUGGCUUUGCUUAUAUCUUUGGAUCACAUAUAAUAAAAGACUUGGAGGGGUUUGGUUUUAUCUCAA